GGCCAGUGUCACUCAUCUUUUGUCUCCAUGGCUAAAUUAUUGACUAUGUCCACUUUAUGUUUCAAGUGGGAUUGAAAAUAUGAUCAAAAGUGUUACUCCUCACAAUCGUGAGUGGGCUUCCCCAGCCCCUCAUCACUGCUGUUGUGAAUGGAGCAGGAAGUUAACCAGAAAUCUGCCGAUCGCUGGAGAAAUCGGAAGUACGUCACGGACAUGGUGUACAGGAUCCACUGAAAACGACAACUCGCUAGCUAUUGUAUGAUAUUUACCAGUGUUACCCGUUUUGGACAUCCUGGUCUGAUACAGUCAGCGAAGAUGGCAAAGCUUCAGGGGUUGGAUUUUUGGAAGAACACCCUGAAAGAAGCUUGCUUCGUGGUGGCACCCAUGGUGGAUCAGAGCGAGCUGGCAUGGCGUCUACUUAGCCGUCGCCACGGCGCUCACCUCUGUUACACGCCCAUGCUGCAUGCGCAGGUAUUCGUUCGUGAUGCUAAUUACAGGAGAGAAAACCUCUAUAAUGAGGUUUGUGAGGAAGACCGACCACUAAUAACUCAGUUUUGUGCAAAUGAUCCUGAUGUGUUCAUUCAGGCAGCUCUUUUGGCCCAAAACUACUGUGAUGCCAUUGACCUCAACCUGGGUUGUCCUCAGAUGAUCGCUAAAAGGGGGCACUAUGGAGUUUUCCUGCAAGAUGAAUGGGAGCUGUUAAAAAAAAUGGUCAUGUUAGCAAACGAAAAGCUGUCUGUGCCUAUCACGUGUAAGAUCCGUGUGUUUGAGGACAUCGAAAAGACUGUCAGCUAUGCCCAGAUGUUGGAGAAAGCUGGAUGCCAGCUACUCACAGUGCAUGGCAGAACCAAAGACCAGAAAGGAGCAAUGACUGGAAUUGCUAGCUGGGAGCAUGUCAGAGCAGUCCGGAAGGCUGUAAAUAUUCCUGUAUUUGCGAACGGGAACAUUCAGCAUCUGAGUGAUGUGGAGCGCUGCAUUAAGGAGACAGGAGUGCAAGGGGUGAUGAGUGCAGAGGGUAACCUCCAUAACCCAGCACUCUUUGAAGGACGUAGCCCCCCAGUUUGGGAGAUGGCUGAAGAGUACUUUGAAGUGGUGAGGCAGCAUCCCCCAUGCAACCUGUCCUAUGUACGAGCCCAUCUCUUCAAGCUGUGGCACCAUACGCUUCAGAUCCACCAGGACCUGAGGGACGACUUGGCUAAGGUGAAAACUCUUGAGGGAUUGGCUAAUGUUAGUAACCAGCUGAGGCUGCGAUGCCAGGAGGAGAUUGCCAGAGGAAAUGAUACGGAUAAGGAGAGCAGCCUGCCCUUCCCUCACUGGAUCUGCCAACCAUAUGUCAGACCACCGCCAAAAGAUCUGUCUGGGAAAGGUAACGUCCAGGAUUCACAAGUCAAGACGACAGGGCGCCAAAAGAGAGGACUGGAGAAUACAACUGCGUCACCUCAAAUACUCUCCAAAAAUAAACAGAAGAAAAGAUCCCGCAAUCCCAACAAGAACUUCUGUCCUGAUCAGAAACCCAAGUACAUCAAAUGUGAACAGUGUGGCAACCCAAAGGGAAAUAAGUGCGUCUUCAACCUUUGUCGGGGCUGCUGUAAGAAGAAGUCCUACAAGGAGGUGGCCAACUGUUUAAGCCAUGGACUCAAGUUCAAGACCAAGGCAGAUGCAAGUAAAGCUCAAGAGGAUGUGAGAUAAAGAAAUUGAGAUAAAAACUGCUGCCUUCCACAGUACAAGGAGUACAAGGCAGAGCGUCCACCAUGGACCCUACCACUACCCUGUCUUCCUUCAUAAACCUUGUGCAUAUGCUCAGAAUUGUUAUACGUUUUGCCGCUUAAACGACCUGUAUUUUCUCAGGUAACAAACACACAAUACCAUUAUUAAAAAAAGAUUCAAAAUAGCACUUCAAAGCCAAAUCCUUUAACUUGUGACGUUCAAAGUGUGUUUUUUGUCACAAUGCCCAGUUACCCAGUGAGGAAAAGUUAAGUCAUAUUCCAGACAGCAAACAUAUCGCACCGAUGUCAGCCCGUCAUAAAAGGUUCCAUCGUUAUGAUGUUGCCGGGAGAACGUUUGAUAAUUGCUAGUGUGUCCCCAAGACAUCGGCAUUCGAUCUAAAAAUACCACCACACCACAACUACACGAUUAAAGCUGGAGCGCCAGCCAGGGUUGCCUCUUCAUAUGGCCUUAAUUACAGUGCCACCAGAACGCAUUGACACCCCUUCACGUUUGCCACAUUUUGCUAUGUUACGGACUUAGUUUACAGCUGAUUUGAGUAUAGUUUUCUUUAAAAUAAUCUACAUAAAAUAACACCUAAUGACAAAGUAAAAACAUUUUCAGACAUUUGUGUAAAUUUGUGAAAAAUGUAAACAUUCCAACAUAAUAGGUACAUACAGUAAGUAUUCACACCCUUUGCUAUGACACUCAAACUUAAGCUCAGGUGCGUCUGAUUUCCACUGAUCAUCCUUGAGAUGGUUCUACAACUUGGAGUCCACCUGUGGUAAAUUCAGUUGAUUGAACAUCAUUUAGAAUUGCACACACCUGUCUAUAUAAGGUCUCAUAGUUGGCAGUGCAUAUCAGAGCAGAAAAAAAGCAAUCAAGUCUCAGGAAUUGUCCGCAGACCUCCGAGACCGGAUUGUGUCAAGGCACAAAUCUGGGGAAGGUUACAAAAGAAUUUCAGCAGCAUUGAAGGUCCCAAAAAGCUCUGUGGUCUCGAUUAUUCAGAAAUGGAAGAGGUUUGGAACCACCAGGACCCUUCCGAGAUCUGGCCGUCUGACCGAGCUUAGUAACCGGGGAAGAAGAGUCUUGGUCAGAGAGGUGAACAAGAACCCUAUGAUCACUAAGGCGGAGCGCCAGUGUUCCCUUGUGGAGAUAGGAGAACCACCCAGAAGGUCAACCAUUGCUAACGUACUCCACCAAUCAGGCCUUUAUGGUAGAUUGGCCAGACCGAAGCCCCUUCUCACGAAAAGGCACAUGGCAGCCCGCUUGGAAUUUGCCAAAAGGCACCUUAAGGAUUCACAGACCAGUACAAAGUGUGUCCUCGUGUGUAUACAAAUCCAACACCCAAAAUGGCGACCACACGAUGUAGGGAGCAAUUUCAAACAAUAGCGGACCUUGUGUUAUGUGUCAUUCUUUGUAUGAGGGUUAAGUUGAUGGCAAGAAGUCUUCUUUUUUUUGUCGUUGGUGUCAAACGUUCAAGAUGCAUUACUGCCACCUACUGUGCUGGAGUGUGGCUCAGAGUAUGUCUAUACAUAUGUACAGUACUAGGGAGCAAAAUAGAUCAAUUAAAAACCAAAUAAACUUUCAAAUGGAUCGUCUUUAUCAAUCCUGUUUCAUUUAAAAACUGAAACAAGGCUUUGAUCUUGUCUUCAGUACAUUUCUAAGAUUCAAUUGUGUCGCCCCACUUUUCAACUCCUCUGAGCCUCCCUCAUACCUUUGACAAUAACUUGUUCAACACUCGCCUCCUCUACUCCACAUUCACACAACCCUGUACCAUGUUUCCCAAUUAAAUGCAUUUAGCCCCGUAUGUCCUCAUCGUAAUCGUGUUAUAAUUGUUUCUACCCGCUGCCUUUAUGCCUCCCACCGUCUGCUGUAUUCUAUAGAAAUGCCGUCCUGUGUGAUCUCCGUUCCAGUUUUUGCCAUUCUGUUUUGAUUGUUUUUAACAUAAGCCUCACCCCAUCCCAAAUGAUAUUCCCAACUAUUCUUCUUGUUUAAGUGCUUGUUUUGCAAAAUAAUCAUCUUUUUCAUUCCCCUUUAUUCCCUAUAUGUUCUGGAACCUACAUAAACCUGACGCUCGUCUCUAAUUUACUUAAUCUAUACAAUAUCUCAUAAAUAUCCAAUAACACAUCUGACCUACUUUGUGAUAUCAUGUUCUUUAAAAACAAUAAUGCUGAUGCUGAUGCUGAAUCGGAACAGACUAUAACCCGCUUUAACCUGUUUUGUUCAAUCAACUGUAGUGCCAUCGUGAUUGCGAGCAAUCCCACUGUAUAUUCUGCUACGUGAUCUGAUGUCCAUUCCUGAAUGUAUAUAUUUAAAUAUGGAGUGACACAUGCAAAUUCUGUUCUUCCAUUAUCUUUUGAACCCUAACCCUAAAAACAUUGGUGUACCAUGCAUGUGUUGUUUUAUAGGCUUCUUUAUACUCUCGCGGACGGCGACCGGGCUGUCACUGCGGCUGUCCCACGCGUAGUUUGCCUUUAUACUCGAGCGCAACCCACGCGCGCUGUUUUGAAAGUGUGCUGUAGUUUUCCUCCAAGUCGGGGGUGGCGUUAGGGCUGGUAUUGGAUAGGACACCACAGGGUGGAGUUUCUUCUGCAUGUUCUUUUUGCCAUUUCCGGUAGCCGUUUUUACUUUCCUUUCAGUAACAAGGAGCGAAGCAACAACAAUGGCGACCACGACAGAACAAAUGGACCUAGAUGACCAGAUGAUGCGUUUAAUUAUGCUGCAAAAUCUAUCAAGAAGGCGGCGACGUAGAUGGAAUGUAGGACCACCGGGCACGCUGGUACGUCAUCACAGCAUGUGACUGAAACGGAACAAUCACGAGAGAUGAUCUCCGCGGCGUUCGACGCGCAGCAACUAGUUUUGUCGGGUGCACUGCAAGCGACGCAGAGGUGCUGCACGGGGCAAUUCGUCGGUCACGUGAUGCAAUGCGGGCGUUGUCGUCCGCGCGACUGCGGGAAUAUAAAGAGGCCUUAAGUCUCCUUUCGACUACUUUCUCCCAAUCACCCUUUCCUUUAUUACUGUAUACUCUUUCUUGUAUAUGAAGAUCUACUACCACCGGAAGAUAUAUCCAAAAAGGUGUUGCUGUAUGAUAAAUUGCUGCACUGUAUAUUUUUGUUGUUGGUCCUAUUUGACUUGCCCAACUUAUUUGCUGUCCACCCAUAACUAUCUAUCUUGGCUUUGCCACUCUCCCAACAUGGCUGAAGAACCUUCGCAGUUGGAUGCGGUUUAUUUUUGUGACUCUGCAAUUUUGCCCAGUAGUUCAUCAUAAGCUGUAUAUAUCUUAAUUGCAAAAACAUUUCUCCCAUCUCAACCUGUACUGCAUUAGCUGGAGAUGUCUUUCAAGCAUGUCAUGUCCAUGUCGUCUUUGAGUCAAAUACAACACCUAAAAAACAAA